UGUUUUUUUGAAUAAUUAAAUCACACAUCCUCUAGACCUUUUCCCAGAACGUGUCUCUUUCACAACACCAUCGAUUCCUAAACACACAGCUCCAACCGAGAUGGAUCGUUUCAAGAAACAACUCGCCCAACUUCAAUUGCGAAGAAAGCCCUGUAUUCACAAACGAGACGCAUUAGAAAACUCAUCGUUUGAGAAAGUCCCCAAUGAAUUGCUCCAACAGAUUGUUAGAAAUUUGGAUUCUCCAUCGGCUGCGCUAUUCUCCGUCUCGUGCAGAACAAUCUAUCUUAUCAUCGGACCCAAAUAUAUCCUCAAUCUGACGCGCCACGAGAACUUUUUAUUCUUAAACAUUUUGAAAUAUGAUAUUAAGAACAUGACCUUGAAUGGUUGUUGCGCCGUGUCUUGUGCUCUGCAACGUUUGAGCCCCGGAAAACGUACCAGCGGGGUUCUUCGGAGCCUUCAAAAACUUUCAGUCGACUGCGGAAAGGUCUCGAAUGCAUCAUAUCGCAUGAAUGAGAUGGCUGCAUCAUAUCUAGCCCGGGAUCUACAUCGAUUCACCUGCUUCUUUGCCACUUAUCCCGGAAAAGAUUUUCCCUGGUGUAUGGAAAGAGAUACGUUUGGACACAGUAUGCGCGAAGGUAGUAAAUCUGGUGGUUUUCAGGAAGAACAGUUUUCAUGCGUUAGAAAGAAGGAUUCUACAAUAGUCCGUCAACAUAGAAUUAUCAAAGGAAUGUGUCAGGCAGUGGUACGGCUACGCGUCGAUAUAUGUGCCCAUCUUCAAUGCUACUCAGAUUCGAUGCACAUCCGUCCCCGAAUUUGCCCAACGAGCCAAGACCGAUUGAGAAAAAUGACACAGGAAUAUCCCGAGCGUUCAUGGGGGUUGUACUGGAAGAAAGUCCAAGAAGAAGAGAGAGAGAUUGAAUACUGUGUUGAGUGCCAGACUGAAUUUUCGAUUUAUUACGUUCACGUACGAGACUGUAUUCCGAAUCAGCAUUGUCGCAUGGAGUUAACAAUUACUACGUGGAAAGAAAUUGGGCCAAGGCUUACUACUAAGACAUGGAAAGAACACUUCCCUGAGCCUCAAGGAUUCGUCCCGAUAACUAUCCCGCAAAUUCACUCGCGCAGAAGAAGGAUGGCCGAUAGCUUCACUUCUUUGGCCGUUCUCAAUCUACUGCCAUUUGUAUAAGUCGACAUCUUCUAGCAUCAUUCCUGAAACUCGGCAUAAACCUUGUUGUCAGCUGACUGCGAUAAAGCCAUGAUGAUUAGAGACAUCACACAUCUCUUUGAAUGGCAACUUUUCAAGCUUCUUCGGCAUCUUACAGACAGUUUUCGACGACUUUUGAUAUUUUGGAGAGGAAUCUGUGGUAACUGUUUUACGUGGUAGAGGGUUGACAAUAAUGGUUUCUUCUACCUCUCAAAUAAAGAUACGGAUAACAACGGAUAACGGCGAAGUGGAUUUCAAAAGACCUACAGGAUUAUAAUUCAGGAAAAGUUAUACAAGGAUAAGGAUUUGUUAUGGGAGUCUAGAAGGUUGGCGCUAUUAGGAGCUUUGGUGAUGGAUAUC